UUGACAUUCUGCAAAUUGUGAUCUUGUCAUUAUUCGAUAUUUUCUGAAAAUGGUUGCUUAAGGCGCCUACAGUGAUAAAAAUAAUUUUUACCUAAUAGUGUCCCAGCAUUCCUGUAUUUUAAUGAACAGAAUAUGUUAGUACACGUGAAUAUAGAUCAGUAUCAAGAAAUUUCUCACUGAAACAACAUAGCAACGAAAACGUAAUCAAUAACAAUGUCGACCAGGUCCCAAUUGACCAAGGAUCUCAAUGAGAGUAUCAAAUCCGUUCUCGGGCGCCACACAAAAAUUCUCGUUAAAUACAUGGUCAAGCUAGAGACAAGGGGAGAUAAGGUCGAAAAUCGAGUACUGAUCUUCACACCGGUGCGCAUUUAUCUGUUGACGGCCAAAGUACCAUCACGAAUUGAUUGUCACUUUCAUUACCUUGACAUACAACAAAUUGAAAGUAAAAAGCCAACAUCGUUUUCAAUAUCAACGAAUGACAAAACUUAUUCAUUUUCGACGAUAGGUGAUGGUGGAAAUUUCAGUUCGAAUGCCGAUGUCAUUCUUAGUGAUCUAUCGUCAGCAGUUAAACAAAUUUUCCCAACUGUCCCUCUUCGAUACAUUAUAAGGAAGAUCGAAGUUAAUCCUAUUGAACGAGCGACGGUAUUUUCGGAUGAACUACGCCCAUCGGAUCCACGGAAUGUGGGUCCAUGUGGCGGGUUCAGCAUGCAGUAUGCAUGCAUGUGUGAUUUCCAUUCUGUUCAAUAUCGCGAAGAAGUGGCUUGGGAUAUUGAUACCAUUUAUCUAUCGCAUGAUAAUAGAGUUCUCAACCUACGCGAUUUCGAUCAUUUGGAGCAGAAAGAUUUACUGGCGAUUGUGUCAGCUCUAGAAUACAAUACAUUCUUCCGAGGCCUAAAAAUUACUAACACUCGAUUAUCUACGGAAACAAUCGAAAGAAUCCUUCACAUACUAAAACGGUCAAUGUGGCUUGAGGAGUUGCAUUUGGAGUCGUUAGGCUUAAGGCCUGAUUUUAUUCAUAAACUUGCUAUAUCUGUGAUAUCAAACUCUAAUCCGGCACUCCGAUCUAUCGAUCUUAGUCACAAUCUGCUUGAAGAUAAAGGAGCUAGUCACUUGGCUGGUCCAAUAGCCAAGAUCUCCAAAGGCAUAUUGAAGCUUACACUUUCACACUGUGGACUGACCGCAAAAGGAGUUAACCAGAUAUCACAUUCCCUUUCACUAAAUCCAAAUACAUCAAACUCAUUAACUUAUUUGGAUUUGAGUGGAAACAAUUUAAAAGACGAUUUAAAUAAUUUGUAUAAUUUUUUGGCACAGCCAAAUGUCGUAGAAUAUCUGGAUAUUUCCAGGACCGAUACUACCCUUGAAAGCCUAUUUGGUGCUUUGCUCCGAGGUUGCUCAACGCAUCUUUUGCACUUAAAUGUGUCCCACAAUUCUUUCGGAACUAAAAAAGGAAAAGAGAUUCCACCCUCAUUCAAGCAGUUCUUUACAAGUACUCUGAGUUUAAAGCAUUUAAAUAUAGCAGCCUGCAAGUUGCCGUUAGAAGCAUUAAAACAUUUACUUCUUGGGCUGGCCUGUAACGAGUCUACAGCUGGACUGUAUUUGGAUUUAAGUUGCAAUUCUCUUGGUUCUCAGGGAGCGCAUGUGCUUGAAUCAUGCAUACAUGGUGUUCGCGUACUAUCAAGUUUAGAUAUAAGUGAUAACAAUUUCGAUUCCGACUUAGCUUCCGUUUUGACAGCGAUUGGGAAAAAUCCGUCCAUUCGUGUGCUGCAUAUGAGUAAAUGUUUCACUGGAAUGAAACUGAAAUACAUUGGUACUGUUAUGGAAGCAUUGGUUAAUUUAGUUCAGAAAGACGAUUUUCAACUACAGGAGUUGGUGUUAUCAGAAAACAAACUCAAAAAUGAUUUACACAACUUGAUUAACGCACUCGGUAGCAAUCAAACUAUACAAGUAUUAGAUAUAACAGGCAAUUUGAUGGGUGAUAUUGGUGCUCGAUUGCUAGCAAAGGCUCUUCAAAUCAAUAACAGACUGAAAACUAUAUUCAUGGAUCGGAACAAUAUUACCUUGCAAGGCUAUGGCGACAUUUUGUAUGCACUGGAAAACAAUUUUUCAAUAAAAAACAUUCCGUUUCCUGUAUUUGACAUCGCACCAUGCUUGAAACAGCAUCCAGAACGCACCGAUACGCUAAUGAGAAAAAUGCAAGAAUUACUAUUUCGCAAUGGCAAUGGAAUUCGGCGAUGUAAUGGAAAAGGAUUCAGGUUGCAACAUGGAUAUCUACUGUCAUCGACGCAUCAGAUCUUGGAUAAGUUAGUAGCCGAAACACAGGAAACCAUGUCAAUGCGUCAAGGUUCACUUGAAGGAAGCCUAAUACGUUUAUUAGAAGAUGCCGAAAAUUGUAAACAAUUACUGCCCAAGUUGCAAGAAUCAGUUAGAUGCGAUCCCCAUCCAAUCGAAGUGCGUUUGAACAAAAUGAAAUCUGAGCUGAACUUCACAGUUACAAAAUAUUUAGAGGAAACAAUGGAAACAAUGCUACAGACUGGAAUCGAACAAUGUCCCAAAACUCUUGGUAACCAAACAAUAUUAUUAGAGUUGCGAAAGGGAUGUGAAGAGAGAUUGGUCAUUUCGGAAGAAUUUCUGCAAAAUUGUUUAGUGAAUAGUGCAGGAGGGGAAAUAAUGAAUCGAAUAAGUGAAGUUGAACAAGCAAUGGCGAGUUUGAUUUCUGAUCGUGUAACAGAUGAAGUGUUAGAUGCAUUAACGCGGUAUAAACGUGGAACAAAUACUAUGGACUCUCCUCAUAGUUUAGCAGAUGACCCACAAACGCCAGACACAAGAAGUCGUUCUAGUCAAGGAUCUGAUAGUCUUGUUCAUUUUGGAACUCGUGGUCUAGAUCUUCCCAAAAUGGGACUAAAUUCCCCAACUAAAUUGGAAUAUUUGAACCUUGCUACACCACAACUUCAAAUAAAACGGCGUUCUAUAGCACGGAAGGUACGACCUCAAUCAGUUGUUGGUCUGGGUAUUGAAAAUCUCAGCCUUACUCACAUUCCUGAUAUGAUAGACCCGUCAUCCCCGGAUCGUAGUUACAGUAUUUCCCAAAAAGAAUCUGCCGAUCAAAAAGAAGACGAAAAUUGUGAUUCGAUCACUGAGCUUCCUAGUCAAUCUUUAACGCUUCAACAUCUGGUUAAGAGUCGACCCAAACGUGCAAAAACAAGGGCCCCUAAAAAACCUGUUAUCAAUGCUGAACCUUCAAACAUUAAUGUUGGGGAUGGCAUAGAAGCAUUCUUCAGGCCAGGUUCUGCUACACCGUCAACACUUACACCACUUGUAUCUCCGACUUCUGAGGAAUGUAGUUCGCUCUCAUUCGUUGAUAGCCCGACUCUUAGUCGGGAUGAUGGUGGUCGAUUUAGUAAUGUUACCUCUGGGGAAACCACUCCUAUUUUAGAGGAACGAAGGGUUAUUAAACUAGAAAGGGCUUCUCCGUUAAUGAGAAAUGUGAAUUGGUCGUCAAGGUCAAGGUCCUCGGACAACUUAGAGAAAGUUUCGCCGCUCAUAAACAGAAAAUCGCCCUUAGUUAAAAACACCACAGAACCUGACAAGUUUAGGAACUCCAUUGCAAAACCAUCAGAGCAUGUUUUAAUUACCAGUACCGACACUGCUUCCAAAGAUAAAUCUCCAAAUAACGAGUCGGUUAAAAGUCACAACGCUGACCUACAGAAAAAUAAUGGAAUAGCAAAAACUCCAGUAAUAUCGGCCAAGCCUAGACCUUGGUCUGUUUUGGGUCAUGAGUCGAAAAACGAAUUCGGAGGAAACGAUUCAACGACAACGACACCUGAAAUGAUAGAUAACGAUGUAGAUGUCGUGCUGAUAUCAGGUCAAACGCCUGGGGGAUCGAUUGUUGGUAUCACUCCUGGUGCUAUAAGCGGUGGUAGCAUUGUGGGUAUAACUCCAGGUGCUGUUAUUGAAAAAAAAUCUGUCAGAGACAUAGCAGCAAAUCUGAAUAAAAUUGGUGAAAAUCAAGAACAAUUUUCUGUUGAAAGGCCACCUUUGCCUGGUCCAAGAACGGUGAUACGAAAAAAUAGUUUUGGUAGCACCCAUCCUGCAAAAGAUCGUGAUAAUAACCACAUGAAUCCUAGCGCUAGUGUAAGAAGUUCUAGUGAUGUAAUUGCUAAAACUAGAAGCAUGACAAGUGUGCCAGACCUACGUGGAACAAUUGAAGAGCCUAUAACAAACGACAAUUGUGACAAUAAAGCUGGUCAUGUGAAACGUAUUGCUGGCACUAGUAUCACAGCUCGUUUUGAGGAGACACUAGUUGAAGGUCUUCAAAAAUCGUCUAGGAAACCAACGUAUCGAGAGUCAAAUUUUUUUAAAGAUGAUUCAAUAGACGUAUAGUUUUAGUUGGUGAACGUUCAUAACAAUAUACUUGUUCAAUUAGCUUCGUAUGUAAAAUAGCUACACGUUUGACAGUCAUAAAAGUAAUUCUAAUCAAAAAAGUAUUCGUGCACUAAAACCACAGACAAAAUAAAAAUAUACAAGUCCUGUUUUGAAACACAAAUUCAAUAGACUGCGGUAAUGAAGUACCGAAAACGGAAGAUUUUUUUUUAAAUAUACAUUUAAUCGUGACUACCAUUUCCAAGAGAAAAAAAACAAGUCUGAAGUAUGUUAUUUUACCGUUUGUAAUUGGACUUCCUCAUGUAUUAUGAGGCUAUAUAAGUCAAAUUUUAGCACCACUGCUCUAGCAAAUUUAGCGCUGCGCUUACCGAGAAUACACUGAGAAGAUAAAAAUGAACAAUGGUGCCAAAUGCAAUAUAAUUUUAUUUGUAUCAAAUCCAAUUCUACUUUAAUAGCAGCAAUGAGAAGGAAAGAAAGAAAAACGAAAUCGAUCACAGUCUUUUGAAAAUAUGGAUUUGGAGAUGAAAGGACGUUUUCAAAAUAUAUGCAUAAUUACAGAAAGUAUUCAGUCAACGUUAUGAUUAAUUAAUAUUAUUAUUUUUCCUACUGAACCAAAUCAUCAGCUUCGAAUUAUAAGAAACAGUUUUUUUCUGGUAUUUCAUUUGACAAAAAAUAUGCUAGGUGCUAGGAUUUUAUUUCAAUUCCAUUCCGCUGUUAAACAUUUUUGUUUAUGUAUUCAAAUAGUGUAAUAAGAGUCAAGUUUUGGAUGCGAUUAGCUAAAAAAUAAU